AUGUUCCGGGACGAGAGCAAAUCAGUGAUGCGCAAGGCGGAGGCGGGCUCUUCUAGUUCUUCGGUUUCUCCUGCUCCAUCUGCUCCUAGACAGAAACGGUCACCAGCGCGAUCACCUCGCAUUACUUCCCCAGACGGGAGCUUGACGUCCGAGCUUACCGUCUCGGUGGAUCCGAACUCGUUCGACUUCAACUCAGAUCCACAGUUUGAUAUGUUUAUGCCGGAUCGAUGGCUGAUACCUCUCGAGGUCCAACCGCCCGCUGCGCCGUCUCAGCAGGAGGCUAUCUGCUAUUUCCUGCGGUCCAAUGCCUUCCCGGGGACGUUUUGGAUGAGUGACUUUGUCACCAAGUUUCUGACGGAGCCGGGAGGCACGGUCAGUCAACGGGCCAUGCAGUCAAGUAUUGUUGCUGUUUCGUCCGCAAUGCUCUCCCGGGUUAGGAAAGUAAACUCGCUUAGAGAAGUGGCGCGAAAGGAAUAUGUGGCCGCCCUCAAUCUGCUAAACACUGCUUUGGCCGACGUGGAAGAAGCCAAGACUAAUCAAGCACUGGGGGCCGUCGUGCUCCUCGCCAUAUAUGAAGUUGUCACAUCGAGAGCCCCGCAGGAUAUCGAUUUAUGGACUAAUCAUAUAACUGGGGCCACUGCCCUGCUUGAUUUGCGGGGUACAGAACAGCUUAAGACUGAAGCUGGUCUUCGUCUUUUCAUGCAUUUGCGAUAUCAAAUUACUAUAAGCUGCAUUCAACGGGACACUCGAGUACCAGAGUCAUUACUGGAGUGCACAAAGUUCGCCAUGUUUCUCCGACCUAGCGAAGCCCACACCAACCGUUUGGUCAUCAUCAUCGGUAAACUAUCCAAUUUCCGCGCAGAUCUCCUUGCGGAAAGAUUCAACAAUGAGAGCGAGAUCAUCGCCGCCGCCUCGGCCAUCGAGGCUGAUCUGAUUGCCUGGCUCGCAGCACUGCCACCCGAUUUCAACUACGAGACCCUCACGAAAUCACCUUAUGACUUCCCAUUCCAAGAAAGAUGUCGUGGGAUAGCCACGUACGACGACCAAUAUCAUGUGUAUCAAAAUCUCUGGGUUUGCAGCACGUGGAACCAAUACCGUUGCGCGCGAAUUAUUGUCAGCGAGAUCAUCCUGUCUCACAUCAGGCAAAUGUCCCACUCGUCCUCUCUGAGGUCCCUAUCGGAUGAAAUCCGCCUUCAUUGCAAAUCUCUCCGAUCUACCAUUCAGCGUCUGUCUCUCGACAUUUGCCGCAGUGUGCCUUUCCACCUCGGUGCAAAUCAGAAAGAUGCCUCACCGAACUUUCCUCCCCCGGAGAGUUACAUCGGUGGGCUUAUGCUCCUAUGGCCCCUGUUCCUAGCCGGUGUGGUCGAGAGUCCGAGUCAUAGCCAACGUCGGUGGGUGGUGUCAUGCUUGAGGAUGAUUGGCAACACCAUGGGUCUAGACCAGGCUCUCGCUCUGAUGGACAUUGUCGCAUCCGACCCGGGUAUUCUUCAUCAUGUACUCGAAGAGGACGAAAGCGCUAUUACCGAAGAGCCUGCUAUAUCUGCUGGCUCGACUAUUGUGCCGAAGAAGAGGUCCGUUUCACUGAUCAACCUUCCCGUUGAUACAAUUCCCGCCUCAGUGGAUGAGGGAUUUUGA